GAAAAAACAGAGAGAGUAGUGAGAGAGAGUUAUCCACAAGCUGCCUAGCAGGGACUCCCCUUGUUUGUGUGGCUGCAAAAUUAUUUCUUGUGCGAGCAGAGCACUAGAUGAGUUCCAGUGAGGGAGGGAGAGCUUCUUAUCCAAUCCCUGCUGGGCUGCUGGCUUAGCUAGCAGUCCAGAGAUGAAAUGGCGCCGCCGUCAUUGCUGCUGCUGCUGCUCCGACCAGUCGGAGUAACGACGGCGGCAGCCAAGCGCCCUUCACCAAUUGUCUCCCGCUGCCGCUUCUCCUCCUCCCUCUCUUCCAGCAGCAUCAGUAGAAGUAGUAGGAUUAGGAGCAGCAGCAGUAGCAGGAGUAGGAGUAGGAGUAGGAGGUGGUGGUCCGACGAGCAGCUGGAGGAUGAAGACGACGAGUUCGAAUUCGAGUCCGAAUUCGACGAAGAAGACGGCGGGUUUGGGGCCGGUUGGCUGUUGGAGGAGCCAUGGUUCUCAAAGCUGUUGAGGGUGUACGGGUACGUGCUGCCGCUGAUCCUGGCGUCCAUGCUGGCCUCCACGGGGCUGCGGGGAUUCCUCUUGGCCAUGGCCAUCCCGCUCGCCCAAUCCGCCGUCUCCUUCCUCGUCUCUAAGUUCGCCGCCGCUAAUACAGGAGAAGGGUUCGGCUUUGGCCGCCGCCGAGACCGAGACUCGUCUUAUUGGUACCAAGAUGAUGAUGAUGAUUCUGAAUAUUACAGAAGCGAUUGGGAAGACGAAGAAGAAGCUGGCCAAGAAGAAUUCAGCAGCAACACCUCGGCGUACAGAGAUGAAAAGCCAUCGGGGAUGGAUCAGUCAGCUGAAGCAAGGGCGCAGAAAUCAGAUGAUUCCAGCAGCAGAAGCAGCACUAGUAGUAGUGCUGGUUUUGGAGGAUGGGACGAGCUCGACCAAUACCAAUACAGCAGCAGCAGCAGGCGGUCUGCUUCUGAAGCUGCUGCAGGAGCUGAUAGUAACACUAGUGCUGGUGGUGGUGAUGCAGCGAGAGCGAGGAGCCGGCAGCCUGCCACAGAAACAACAGCAACAACGAGAAGAAGAGGAGGAUCGAGAAGAAGAGCUGCAAGAGGAGCAGGAGGAGGAGCUGCUGUGAGGUACAGGCAGUCGCCUCUGUUCAUGCGCUUGCUCGUCGCGCUCUUCCCAUUCCUCGGACCAUGGUUCAGAGUGCUCUGAUUACUUAUACUAUCAAUCUUUUUGAGAGGAUCUUAUACUAUCAAUCUAUCAUGCAGGGAUUCAGUUCUUCUCCUAUUGUCUAAUGAAUGAAUGAACUAGAGUUGUUGCUCUAUCCAUACAUACACAAA